CUGCGCAGUGAGAUGUUUGUCCGUCGCCGCCGCCGCCGCCAUCGCGGAGGAGCGCGAUAAAGGGAGCCGAGCCGGGCGUGAGGGGCAUCCCGUGGAGCCGCCGCGCCAUCGCAGCCCCCCAGCCAAGCACGAGCCGCCGGAACCCGAGCCGCCGCCGCCACCGCCGCGGCCGCCCAGGGGCCGGCCAGCUCCCCAGCCCAGCCCGGGGGCCGCGCCGCCGCCCCCAGCGUCGCCCCUCGCCUGCCCGCCCGCCUUAAAUGUGACACCGGCGCCUCGGAGUGCGACCCGAAGCCGCCGCCGGGGAGGGGACGAGCACCAUGUCGAAUCUGAGCAAAGGCACGGGCAGCCGGAAGGACACCAAGAUGCGGAUCCGGGCCUUUCCGAUGACCAUGGAUGAAAAAUAUGUAAACAGCAUUUGGGACCUUCUGAAAAAUGCAAUUCAAGAAAUCCAGCGUAAGAAUAACAGUGGUCUUAGUUUUGAGGAGCUCUAUAGAAAUGCAUAUACAAUGGUUUUGCAUAAACAUGGAGAAAAGCUCUACACUGGACUAAGAGAAGUUGUUACCGAACAUCUCAUAAAUAAGGUGCGAGAAGAUGUACUAAAUUCAUUGAAUAACAACUUUCUUCAAACACUAAAUCAAGCUUGGAACGAUCAUCAGACAGCUAUGGUGAUGAUUAGAGACAUACUAAUGUAUAUGGACCGUGUGUACGUACAACAAAAUAAUGUGGAGAAUGUCUACAAUUUGGGAUUAAUUAUUUUUCGAGAUCAAGUUGUACGUUAUGGGUGUAUUAGGGAUCACCUACGACAAACACUGUUGGAUAUGAUUGCCAGAGAGCGGAAAGGAGAAGUUGUAGACCGAGGCGCAAUAAGAAAUGCUUGCCAGAUGUUAAUGAUUUUAGGUCUCGAAGGACGAUCAGUCUAUGAAGAAGAUUUUGAGGCUCCUUUUUUGGAAAUGUCUGCAGAGUUUUUUCAGAUGGAAAGCCAGAAAUUUUUAGCAGAAAACAGUGCUUCAGUAUAUAUAAAGAAAGUAGAAGCUAGAAUUAAUGAAGAAAUAGAACGAGUGAUGCACUGCCUUGACAAAUCAACUGAAGAGCCAAUUGUAAAGGUGGUUGAGAGGGAACUCAUUUCCAAGCACAUGAAAACAAUAGUAGAAAUGGAGAAUUCGGGUCUAGUACAUAUGUUGAAAAACGGAAAGACAGAAGACCUUGCUUGCAUGUACAAGUUAUUUAGUCGUGUGCCAAAUGGUUUGAAAACGAUGUGUGAGUGUAUGAGUUCCUACUUGAGGGAACAAGGUAAAGCCCUUGUUUCUGAAGAAGGAGAAGGAAAGAAUCCCGUUGACUAUAUCCAGGGCUUAUUGGAUCUGAAGAGUAGGUUUGAUCGCUUCCUCCAGGAAUCGUUUAAUAACGACCGGCUCUUUAAACAAACUAUUGCGGGUGACUUUGAGUAUUUUCUCAACCUCAACUCCAGGUCCCCUGAAUACCUCUCAUUAUUUAUUGAUGAUAAGCUGAAAAAGGGAGUCAAAGGGCUAACAGAACAAGAAGUAGAAACAAUAUUGGAUAAGGCAAUGGUCCUUUUUAGGUUUAUGCAAGAAAAAGAUGUAUUUGAACGUUAUUAUAAACAACACUUGGCAAGGAGACUUCUCACAAAUAAAAGUGUUUCUGAUGACUCUGAAAAAAAUAUGAUUUCUAAGUUAAAGACUGAAUGUGGAUGUCAAUUCACAUCAAAACUGGAAGGAAUGUUUAGGGAUAUGAGCAUCUCAAAUACAACUAUGGAUGAGUUCAGGCAACAUCUACAGGCCACUGGGGUAUCUUUAGGUGGUGUUGAUCUCACAGUUCGGGUGCUCACAACAGGUUAUUGGCCCACUCAGUCAGCCACACCAAAGUGCAACAUCCCACCAGCACCAAGACAUGCUUUUGAGAUAUUCAGAAGGUUUUACUUAGCCAAACACAGUGGUCGACAGCUCACGCUCCAACAUCAUAUGGGUUCUGCAGAUCUCAAUGCCACCUUUUAUGGACCAGUUAAAAAGGAAGAUGGAUCUGAAGUUGGUGUUGGAGGGGCACAAGUGACUGGCUCUAAUACGCGGAAGCAUAUAUUGCAAGUCUCCACUUUCCAGAUGACCAUAUUAAUGCUCUUCAAUAAUAGAGAAAAAUACACAUUUGAGGAAAUCCAACAAGAGACAGAUAUCCCUGAAAGAGAACUUGUUAGAGCCCUGCAGUCCCUCGCCUGUGGUAAACCAACACAGCGGGUUCUCACAAAGGAACCCAAGUCAAAGGAAAUAGAAAAUGGUCACAUAUUUACAGUUAAUGAUCAGUUCACAUCCAAACUACACAGAGUCAAGAUUCAAACAGUUGCUGCCAAACAAGGUGAAUCUGACCCAGAAAGGAAAGAAACAAGGCAGAAAGUAGAUGACGACAGAAAACAUGAGAUAGAAGCUGCUAUAGUGAGGAUAAUGAAAUCUAGGAAGAAGAUGCAGCACAAUGUGUUAGUAGCAGAGGUAACUCAGCAGUUGAAGGCUCGAUUCUUACCAAGUCCAGUUGUUAUUAAAAAACGUAUCGAAGGACUUAUUGAGAGAGAAUAUUUGGCACGAACACCUGAGGAUCGCAAAGUAUACACAUAUGUAGCAUAAAAUGCAUUCAGAAACUUGAUUUAUUAUUGGACUGUACUCUUCGCAUGGACUGGGAAGUUCUUUUAAAUCAUUAAAUAUUAAGACGACCAUCUCUUCUAUUAAAUUACAGUACAUGUUUUAGACCAUUCAGAUCAAGCCUUUACUCCCUUUGAGAGUUUUCAACAUCAGUUGAUUGAGCUUCAGGCUUUACAACGUUAUCCCUGUAGAGAUCAUCUUUACAGUUCCUCGGGAAAAUGUGAAUGUGCCGCGUUUUGUUUUCAAUACUGUAUGAAAACAGGAAAAAAAUAAAACAAAAUUUAGAAAAUA